AUGUGGCAGAAAACGCAUGGCAAAGUCUCAUAUGGAGAAAGUGGGAUCACAUCAACUCAAGUCAGUAAGGAUAAUAACCAAGAUAGUACCUCAAACACUUUAAAUUGGAGACUCAGACCUAUCAAGACCAUAUUGGCCAAAACAGGAAUAAACUCUUCACUAGAAGAGAAAAGACGAGUAGUUAAAGAGAUGAAGAACAGGUAUGGUGAAUUCGCUGAAUUUAGUGAGAGCCCGAUGAAGGCCGCAGAGUUGGCAGAGUUUCUGAGGAGACUGGGAAAAAAUGAUCGGUCAAUUGCGAGCGACUACAACUAG